AUGCUCUCUUUAUUGUUUAGUGUUUCUCUUUCAGCGAAAUGGGAUCGCACAGUCUUUCAAGAUGGCACAUGCCCAUCAACUUCAACGUUUGAGAUCAACGACGUUUAUUUUGAAAAUUUAGAUGCGGAAUCUCAGAACGGUGGUGCUAUUACAAUUAGAGGCUGCACGGGUACACUUAAAAUGAAUGUAGUUACCUUUAUUCAUUGCAUUUCUCGAUCAACAGGCGGUGCAAUUUUCAUAGAAUCAAAUCCAUAUAAUGUCGAUGCCACAAAAGUUUGCGUUUCAAAGUGCUCAUCCACUCAAAAUUGCCAGUACGCUCAGUUUACUUCUUCCCAAGGCACAUUUACUCAUACAUAUUUCAAUAUCUUCUUGUUCGAAUGA